AGCGAGGUGGGCUGUGGGGUUGGGGCAGUGGGCGGCUGGCAGCUGCACGUGGUGGCCGCGCGGCCCGGGACGCUGCCAUUUUUGCCCCUCCACUUCCGGACGCGGCUACGGGGCUUCGGAGGGGGACCGCAGGGUGGCGGGGGUGCCCGCUCGGGUGACUCAGCACGGCCUUGUGGGACUGGCUUUGUCACCUCUCUUAUCGGACGCGUUGUUAAAGCCUUCUUGGGUGCUUUGUUUCUGUGAGGGAGGGUUGACGGUGUGGGAAGAGCGCUUUCGGUCUCCAGCACCCGAUACUCCCUCCUUCCAGAUCUUUCUUGCAGUCCCGGUGGAGGAGGGGCGGGGAGGGGAGCAGGUUCUGGAAGAUUCAUGGGCUCCUUCCUCCGCCCUUCCUCGAGAGCUGAGAUCGUUCUGGAAGCUUCUGGAUUCUGGCGCCCCGCCCCAGUGCCCGGAUGCUGGGGCGAGGGAGGGUGCACUGCGGCGCCCCCUCCUCGCGUGGUCCUGGCCGACGCAUGUCCGGCAGUGACGAGUGUCGGCCUGGUGGCUACGGCCACCAUCUUUCUUGGGUUUGGUCCUGUUCUGUAAUUUUGUGCUGUGAAAGGGUCGUGGUGGAGCUUUUGGUUUAUCGAUUCUUUGUCUGGAUUUAAUUGCUCCUCCGAUGCCUGAGGAAGUGCACCAUGGAGAGGAGGAGGUGGAGACUUUUGCCUUUCAGGCAGAAAUUGCCCAACUCAUGUCCCUCAUCAUCAAUACCUUCUAUUCCAACAAGGAGAUUUUCCUUCGGGAGUUGAUCUCUAAUGCUUCUGAUGCCUUGGACAAGAUUCGCUAUGAGAGCCUGACAGACCCUUCGAAGUUGGACAGUGGUAAAGAGCUGAAAAUUGACAUCAUCCCCAAUCCUCAGGAACGUACCCUGACUUUGGUAGACACAGGCAUUGGCAUGACCAAAGCUGAUCUCAUAAAUAAUUUGGGAACCAUUGCCAAGUCUGGUACUAAAGCAUUCAUGGAGGCUCUUCAGGCUGGUGCAGACAUCUCCAUGAUUGGGCAGUUUGGUGUUGGCUUUUAUUCUGCCUACUUGGUGGCAGAGAAAGUGGUUGUGAUCACAAAGCACAACGAUGAUGAACAGUAUGCUUGGGAGUCUUCUGCUGGAGGUUCCUUCACUGUGCGUGCUGACCAUGGUGAGCCAAUUGGCAGGGGUACCAAAGUGAUCCUCCAUCUUAAAGAAGAUCAGACAGAGUACUUAGAAGAGAGGCGGGUCAAAGAAGUAGUGAAGAAGCAUUCUCAGUUCAUAGGCUAUCCCAUCACCCUUUAUUUGGAGAAGGAACGAGAGAAGGAAAUUAGUGAUGAUGAGGCAGAGGAAGAGAAAGGUGAGAAAGAAGAGGAAGAUAAAGAUGAUGAAGAAAAGCCCAAGAUCGAAGAUGUGGGUUCAGAUGAGGAGGAUGACAGCGGUAAGGAUAAGAAGAAGAAAACUAAGAAGAUCAAAGAGAAAUACAUUGAUCAGGAAGAGCUAAACAAGACCAAGCCUAUUUGGACCAGAAACCCUGAUGACAUCACCCAAGAGGAGUAUGGAGAAUUCUACAAGAGCCUCACUAAUGACUGGGAAGACCACUUGGCAGUCAAGCACUUUUCUGUAGAAGGUCAGUUGGAAUUCAGGGCAUUGCUAUUUAUUCCUCGUCGGGCUCCCUUUGACCUUUUUGAGAACAAGAAGAAAAAGAACAACAUCAAACUCUAUGUCCGCCGUGUGUUCAUCAUGGACAGCUGUGAUGAGUUGAUACCAGAGUAUCUCAAUUUUAUCCGUGGUGUGGUUGACUCUGAGGAUCUGCCCCUGAACAUCUCCCGAGAAAUGCUCCAGCAGAGCAAAAUCUUGAAAGUCAUUCGCAAAAACAUUGUUAAGAAGUGCCUUGAGCUCUUCUCUGAGCUGGCAGAAGACAAGGAGAAUUACAAGAAAUUCUAUGAGGCAUUCUCUAAAAAUCUCAAGCUUGGAAUCCACGAAGACUCCACUAACCGCCGCCGCCUGUCUGAGCUGCUGCGCUAUCAUACCUCCCAGUCUGGAGAUGAGAUGACAUCUCUGUCAGAGUAUGUUUCUCGCAUGAAGGAGACACAGAAGUCCAUCUAUUACAUCACUGGUGAGAGCAAAGAGCAGGUGGCCAACUCAGCUUUUGUGGAGCGAGUGCGGAAACGGGGCUUCGAGGUGGUAUAUAUGACCGAGCCCAUUGACGAGUACUGUGUGCAGCAGCUCAAGGAAUUUGACGGGAAGAGCCUGGUCUCAGUUACCAAGGAGGGUCUGGAGCUGCCUGAGGAUGAGGAGGAGAAGAAGAAGAUGGAAGAGAGCAAGGCAAAGUUUGAGAACCUCUGCAAGCUCAUGAAAGAAAUCUUAGAUAAGAAGGUCGAGAAGGUGACAAUCUCCAAUAGACUUGUGUCUUCACCUUGCUGCAUUGUGACCAGCACCUACGGCUGGACAGCCAAUAUGGAGCGGAUCAUGAAAGCCCAGGCACUUCGGGACAACUCCACCAUGGGCUAUAUGAUGGCCAAAAAGCACCUGGAGAUCAACCCUGACCACCCCAUUGUGGAGACGCUGCGGCAGAAGGCUGAGGCCGACAAGAAUGAUAAGGCAGUUAAGGACCUGGUGGUGCUGCUGUUUGAAACCGCCCUGCUAUCUUCUGGCUUUUCCCUUGAGGAUCCCCAGACCCACUCCAACCGCAUCUACCGCAUGAUCAAGCUAGGUCUAGGUAUUGAUGAAGAUGAAGUGGCAGCAGAGGAACCCAGUGCUGCAGUUCCUGAUGAGAUCCCCCCUCUCGAGGGCGAUGAGGAUGCAUCUCGCAUGGAAGAAGUCGAUUAGGAGUUCAUAGUUGGAAAACUUGUGCUCUUGUAUAGUGUCCCCAUGGCUCCCACUGCAGCCUCGAGUGCCCCUGUCCCACCUGGCUCCCCCUGCUGGUGUCUAGUGUUUUUUUCCCUCUCCUGUCCUUGUGUUGAAGGCAGGAAACCAAGGGUGUCAAGCCCCAUUCGCUCUCUACUCUUGACAGCAGGAUUGGAUGUUGUGUAUUGUGGUUUAUUUUAUUUUCUUCAUUUUGUUCUGAAAUUAAAGUAUGCAAAAUAAAGAAUAUGCCGUUUUUAUACA